ACCUCUAAAUUGGCAUCUUUUUCGGCUCUUCCCUUUGCCGCCCCUACGAUUUCUUCCUCCGCCUUCUCUCCCAUCGGUUUCUUGCCCUAACGCACUCGGAGCCAGUGAUCGGGAUUGGGGGUUUCCCUUCCUCUCGGUUCCUGAUCCGGUGCCCGACCGGCGUGGAACGUACGAUGAGGCGAUCGCCUAAGGUGGAGGCGGUGCUCUCGCUUGGCCGGAAGCGAUCGUUGCAGGCAUUACUCAUCGCGGUCUUUCUUUACGUUGGGCUCCUUCUCUUGGAGGUUCCUUUCAUCUCCAGCGGGAUUUCCCCUGCUCAGUCCUCCUCCAGGUAUGCUGCUGCCGGGCUGCUCGGCGGCGACGGUGUGAGCCUCUCCCUCAACCUCGGAUCGGAGGACUUGGCCGCGAGGGUUCGUCCUUCUCGCCGAACGCACCGCCUUGAUGAAUCGGCCCAUGGACCCGCCGACCUCCGUUUCUCAUCUGACCGGGGAAGGACGCUGUCGGUAUCAGGGCUCAAUUUCCUCCUCAAUGUUGCUGCUGCUGGCGACUGGCCGACCUCCGGGCUUCACAAGUCUGCGAGGGACGCGUGGGAGGUGGGGCAUAAGCUGCUCAAGGAGCUAAAAGCAGCGCCUUUGAAAGGACCUCAGAUCACGAAGGAGGAGAACCGGACGGAAGAGAGAUGCCCGCACUCGAUCAUACUCUCUGGGGAAGAGUUCCUUCAAAGGGAGAAGGUCAUGGUGAUCCCCUGUGGAUUAACAUUGGGUUCGUACAUAACCCUUGUUGCGAAACCGUUCAGAGCUCACGCGGAAUAUGACCCUAAAAUUACGAUCUUGGGCGAAGGGGAGAAGGAGAUCAUGGUGUCUCAGUUCAUGAUGGAGCUGCAGGGGCUUAAAACAGUAGACGGGGAGGAUCCGCCUAGGAUUCUCCAUUUUAACCCUCGGCUGAAGGGAGAUUGGAGUGGAAAGCCGGUUAUUGAGCAGAAUACUUGCUAUCGCAUGCAGUGGGGAUCAGCCCAACGGUGCGAGGGUUGGAAGUCCCCGGCUAGUGAUGAAACCGUUGAUGGGCUAUUGAAGUGUGAAAAGUGGAUACGUGAGGAUGACAACAAGAUGGAGGAGUCAACGGCAACAUGGUGGUUAAACCGAUUAAUUGGUCGGACAAAAAAGAUUUCAUUGGACUGGUCAUAUCCAUUUGCUGAAGAGAAGUUGUUUGUUCUCACACUUAGUGCUGGAUUGGAAGGUUAUCAUGUCAAUGUUAAUGGAAGACAUGUGACUUCUUUUCCUUAUCGAACUGCUUAUGUUCUUGAAGACGCAACUGGUUUGUCAGUGAAAGGGGACAUUCAUGUCCAUUCCAUUUUUGCUGGCUCAUUGCCAACUUCACAUCCUAGCUUUGCUCCACAGAAGAGCCUAGAAAUGUCAGAAGAAUGGCAAGCACUGCCACUUCCUGAUGGACCAGUUGAACUUUUCAUCGGCAUCCUUUCUGCAGGCAACCAUUUUGCAGAGCGGAUGGCUGUUAGGAAAUCAUGGAUGCGUACUGUUAGAAAAUCUUCCAAUAUUGUGGCUCGGUUUUUUGUUGCUCUGCAUGGAAGGAAGGAAGUGAAUAUUGAGUUGAAGAAAGAGGCUGAGUUCUUUGGUGACAUAGUUAUGGUUCCUUUUCUAGAUAGCUAUGAUCUUCUUGUUCUCAAGACUGUUGCCAUAUGUGAAUAUGGGGUCCGUUCUGUUUCUGCACGCUAUAUAAUGAAAUGUGAUGAUGAUACAUUUGUCAGAGUUGAUUCAGUGAUCAAUGAAGUCAAGAAAGUUCCUAGUGACAAAAGCCUAUAUAUCGGUAACAUAAACUAUCACCACCAACCGCUACGGGAAGGGAAAUGGGCGGUCACAUAUGAGGAAUGGCCCGAAGAGGAUUAUCCACCCUAUGCUAAUGGUCCAGGAUAUGUUGUAUCAUCUGAUAUUGCUCAUUUUAUCAUUUAUAAUUUUGAGAAGCACAAAUUAAGGUUGUUUAAAAUGGAAGAUGUGAGCAUGGGCAUGUGGCUCGAGCAGUUCAAUAACUCCAGAGCAAUUGAAUACGUUCACAGCCUCAAGUUCUGCCAGUUCGGAUGCAUUGACGGUUACUACACUGCACAUUACCAGUCUCCAAGGCAAAUGACAUGCAUGUGGGAUAAAUUGCAAGCAGGAAAGCCUCAAUGCUGUAACAUGAGAUGACACCAAAGAGAUGCAAGGGCUAGUGAUGCUGGUGUCAUGCUGCUUACUUAACAAAGAAUUCUUUCAUUGUUUCUUUUGUGCUCAUGUUGGCAGUAAGGCUAGUGAUGGAAAAGCUACCUUGCCCAACACAUGACAGGAUCAGCACGAUGCCUAUGGAAGUUGCAGUCAUAAAAGGUUAAACACCCUACGGCUUCUCCAUCAGUUUUGUUGUAUAAACUCUGUGAAAACUGCCAUGGAACACAAUCACAUCUUCUCCCUGUGCUUGCUGACCAUAUCUAACAACAGGACGCCUGUACAUGGUCGAACUUGCAUCGUGCUUUUUUGUUUUUGUUUUUGUUGCUGCUGACUAUCACCUCCAUGUACUGUUAAGCAACAAUUUUGUGAAUAAUCAACAAUUUUUAAUGAACUGCUAUGACUAAUUGAUUCA